GGGUGAAACAACACCUUGCAGGAGGUUAUAGGAAUGUCACUGCUUGCCCAAAGUGUCCUUCUCAUGUAAGAGAGGAGAUUAGAGAGUUCAUGUCAAAAAAAAAGACACAAAAAGAAGAAAUGAACAUGUUGCCUGAUUUUGAUGACAUGGACAUGGAAGAUGAAGAUGUCGUUGAGAUCAAUGUCAAUCAACACCGCAAGUUGACAAGUAGUAGCCAAGGUUCAUCCACAUCCAAAUCCAAACCCAAAUCAAAAUCAAAAAUGCCAAAGAAAAAAGGGCCUAUGGAUGUUUACUUCACACCCAAUCCUGAAUCAGUGGUGAAAAUCGAAAAGACCAAGCAAAAAGGAAGCAAAUCAAAAUUGAAGCAAAUGACCCUUACAAAAAAGAAAUGAGAGCUCGGGCACUGCAAAGAUUUGCAAGGUGGAUGUAUGAUGCUGGUAUCCCUUUUAAUGCAGUAAAUUAUGAGAGUUUUGGACCAAUGAUUGAAGCCAUUGGCCAAUAUGGUUCUGGUAUGAAGCCACCGACUUACCAUGAAGUGCGGGUUACCCAACUCAAAAAAGAAGUGAAACAUACUGAAGAUUUGAUGAAGUAUCAUAAAGAGGAUUGUGCAAAAUACGGGUGUUCCAUAAUGGCAGAUGGUUGGACUGAUAAGAGAGGAAGGACAUUGAUUAACUUUUUAGUUAAUUGUCCAAGAGGAACCAUGUUUGUUGAGUCGGUUGAUGCUUCUAGCUAUUCAAAGGAUGGGCAAAAGCUAUUUGAAUUACUAGACAAGUUUGUGGAGAAAGUUGGAAAAGAGAAUGUGGUGCAAGUUAUCACUGAUAGUGCUGCAGCUAAUGUGUUGGCGGGGAGGUUUUUGGAAGCUAAGUAUGAACACUUGUAUUGGACACCAUGUGCUGCUCAUUGUUUGGACUUGAUGUUAGAAGACAUUUUCAAGAUACCUAGACUGAAAAAGACAUUUGAAAGGGGUAUUGCAGUACAUGGCUACAUUUACAAUCGGCCUACGUUGCUAAACAUGAUGAGGCGCUAUACAAAUUUGAAGAAUUUGAUCAAGCCUGCAAAAACUAGAUUUGCAACCGCUUUUUUGACUUUGUCUAGGAUGCAUCAACAAAAAAACAAUUUGAGAAAGAUGGUCACCUCCGAAGACUGGACCUCAAGCAAAUGGGCAAAGGAGCCACAAGGUAAAAGAAUGGCACAAACUUUGUUGAUGCCUUCAUUUUGGAAUACUGUUGUGUUUGCCCUUAAGGUCUCGGGUCCUCUUGUCAAAGUGCUUAGAUUGGUUGAUACCGAGAAGAAACCUCCCAUGGGAUACAUUUAUGAGGCAAUGGAUAGGGCAAAAGAAUGCAUUGCAAGUUCAUUUGAUCAUAAAGAAGAGAAGUAUAAUGAAAUUUUCGAAAUCAUUGACAAAAGAUGGGAUGUUCAAUUGCAUCGACCUUUACAUGCAGCUGCGCAUUUUCUUAACCCAGAAUUCUUUUACCCAAAAGCGUUAGAGGUGCAAAGAGAUCAUGAAGUGAUGAAUGGGUUUUAUGAAUGCAUGCAAAGGUUGGUCCCGGAUGUCACUGUUUAAGAUUUGAUCACUAAUGAGAUGAGUAUUUAUAUGAAGGCUGAGAGUCUUUUUGGCAAGGCUGUUGCGAUUAGGCAAAGAAAUACAAGAGCACCAGGUAAUAUAUUAUAAACUCAUAGAGUUUAUUUUUAGUAAUACUUUUAGUAAAACUUAAUACUUGGUAACAAUUAUUUCUAACUAGUGAAUUAUCGCAGCUGAUUGGUGGGCAUCAUAUGGUUCUUAUACUCCAAACUUACAAACUUUUGCUAUAAAAGUCCUUAGCCUAACAUGUAGUUCAUCGGGUUGUGAACGAAAUUGGAGUGUAUUCGAACAUGUGAGUAUUUAACAUUCUAACUAAUUUUUUGUUCAAUUCAAAUAUUUUUUAUUCUCAUUAUAUAGAAUUUAAUAUCUUUUUAAUACUUGCAGCUUCAUAGCAAGAAAAGAAAUAUAUUGGAACAACAACGUCUCAAUGAUUUAGUGUAUGUCAAAUACAAUAGAACAUUGAGAUUUAGGUAUGACAUGCGCAACACUCUUGAUCUCAUAUCUUUGCAAAAUAUUGAUGAAAGCAAUGAGUGGUUGCUUGGGAGGAUGGAUGGAGAAUCAGAUGAAGAUAAUGAGCCUGUGUUUGAUGAUGAUGAUGGCUUGACGUGGGCCACUGUUGCUAGAGCUUCUGGAGUAGAAGAAAGUAGCCAUGCAAGUAGAGCAACAACUUCACGCUCAAAGGCACAACCAAGGAUAUCUAAAUCAUCAACAUUGACUCCACUUCAAUUAAUAGAUUAAGAGGAAGCGGGCUCAGAUGACACAGAGGAGAAAGAUGUUGAGGGAUACAAAUCAACUGAUGGAGAAGAAGAUGAUAGUUUGCUUGCCAUUGAUGUUGAGGAUGAUGAUUGACUGACACCGACCUAACCUACCCUUUCUUUUGAUAUUGAUGUUUUUAAGUGUUAAGACAUAUAUUAGUAUUUGUUGGAUAUUUAUGUUUUGGAUGUUUAGUGUUUAUGUUUUUAUUUUAUUGAAUGUGGAUUAUUUGAUCUUUGAAAA